UCUUCCUAGAAGCUACAUCUGGCCUGACUCUGUGUCUACCUGUGACAACUUUCUGGAGAGGGGCAUCGUCCAAGCUUCUGCUAGCAUCAACUUAACCCUCCUGUUGUCCUUGGGUCAAAAUGACCCACCACUGUGUUAAAACCCCCCCAAAAAUCCACUAAAUGCUAUUUUUUUUCAAUUGAAAUUUUAUGACUUUUCCUAGAUUAUCCUCAACAAUAGAAAAAGUGAAAUGUUGCUUUUAUUCACAUUUCCAUAUAAGCUGUACAAAAAAAAAGGUACAAAGGUGGUCUUCAGGUCAAAAUGACCCGUGAGACAAAUAGAGUUGAAAUCAAGGUCACAGAGUUAUUUACAAACCACAGAAUGUUACAAUGUUUUAGCUGUGUCUCAGAUCAAUCAGUAGCAGAAGUAAACAAGCCAAAUCAGGUGGUGUUCUCGCAGGCUUCAGAAAAACCACCUGUUUAUUUCCAUUAUAUUUUCGCAAAUAUGGAGAUAGCUGGAAAACGAUGGACGAGAUUGACCUGCAGGCCUACUUAGGGCUGCUAAUCUUAGCAGGUGUAUACAGGUCCCGAGGUGAGGCUGCAGCUAGUCUAUGGGAUGCUGAGAGUGGAAGGCCAAUUUUCUGAGCCACAAUGCCACUCAAAGUCUUUCACACCUACUCAAGACUGCUACGAUUUGAUGACCGUGAGUCAAGACCAGCAAGACGUGUGACAGACAAACUUGUAGCCAUAAGACAGGUAUGGGACAAGUGGGUGGAGCGGCUGUCCUACCUCUACAAUCCAGGGCAUGACGUAACAGUGGAUGAGCAACUGGUUCCAUUUAGAGGUCGUUGUCCUUUCUGGCAGUAUAUGCCCAGCAAGCCAGCAAAAUAUGGAAUCAAGCCAUGGGUGGCUUGCGAUGCCAAAUCAAGCUAUGCUUGGAAAAUGUAAGUCUAUACUGGGAAGCCGACCAGUGGAUGCCCAGAGAAGAAUCAGGGGAUGAGAGUUGUGCUUGAUGUGACAGAGGGACUGAGGGGUCACAAUGUGACAUGUGACAAUUUCUUCACCUCUUAUGAAUUCGGACAGCAGCUCCUGAAGAGGAAGAUCACCAUGGUUGGUACAGUUCGAAAGAAUAAGCCUGAGCUCCCACCUGCACUGCUUGUGUCAAAGGAGAGAGAGGUCUUCUCCUCAAAGUUUGCCAUCACGCCCAACACCACUCUAGUUUCCUACCUCCCAAAGAAAAACAAGAAUGUAAUUCUUCUGAGCACACUGCACACAGACGGUGACAUUAGCGAUCAUGAGGACAGAAAGCCAAUCAUCAUCCUAGACUACAACCGCAACAAAGGAGGUGUGGACAACCUGGAUAAGGUGAUUGGAACAUAUAGCUGCAGAAGAAUGACUGCCUGCUGGCCCCUGGUCAUCUUCCUCAACAUCAUUGAUGUUUCCUCCUGCAAUGCCUUUGUGAUUUGGAGAGAGAUCAACCCAACCUGGAUGUCUCAUCAGCAGAACAAGAGGAGGUUGUUCCUGGAGCAGCUAGGAAAGGCACUUGUAACUCCACUCAUUGAAAGAAGGAAGCAUGUCCCCCACACAGAACCUUCAGCAACAGUUGUGAAAGCUUUUCAGAGUGCAGGAACUCCUGAUCAACCUGAGGAUCCAUCUACCACAGCCGCUUCCCCAGCUAGGGCAAGAGGAAGACAUGUCAGUUCUGCCCUCAAAAGAAGGACUGUAAAAAACAUACUGUGGGCUGCAAGUGCAAGAAAUAUAUCUGCAAGGGCUGUGCACUUGUAUACUGCCCUACAUGUGCUAAUUAGUUGAAUGGGUUAUGUUAUUUUUUCAUAUUUUUGUAUUGUACAUUAUCUUAAAUUGUUCACUGGAGAAAAAUGAAAAAUGAAACUGAGUCAGUGGGAUGAAUAAAAAUGUAUUCAAAACUCCUUUUUGCACUUUUGUUUUUCUUUUUUUAAGCUAUAUAAAUUCAAGUGAAGAGGGAAAACUCAAGUAUUCACACAUUUUGAGCUCAAUGACAAUAUGCAAGAUGAAAUUUGGUGUUUAACAUUCAAUUAAGCUGCUUAUAUUGAGGGUUUAGUGAAGACGGGUCAUUUUGACCCGGAGGACACGGGAUGUAUACAGAAAAUGAGGACAACAGGAGGGUUAAUGCUCACCUUCUACAGAUGAUCCACUUGGCUCGGUCUUUCAGUGUUUAACCCUUUCUCUCUCCUAGAUAUAGCAAUUGACUGAGCUUUUACUGUAAC